AUGUCUACUGAACGCUAUGGUUAUGGUUUAGUCAACGAUAAUAAAAAUCAAUUGUUGUACGCAAUCGGCGGACUUAAUGGACAAACGGGUAAAUAUCUAGACAGUGUUGAAACAUAUAAUCGACAAACAAAUCAAUGGCAAUUUCAGGCACCACUUGGACAAGCUAGGAGUUUUUUUGGCUCAACUAUACUAAACAAUACUCUAUAUGUUUGUGGUGGGGGUCGAAAUGGCCAUUUUCUUAAUGUAUGCGAAUAUUACUUGUUUGAUGAAAAUAAAUGGCAUUUAUUAACAGCACCGAUGCCUAGUGAAAGGUGGGGUUUAGCACUGGUAGCUCAUAGUAGUAGUAGUAGUGAUGGCCAACUGUAUGCUAUCGGUGGUCAAAGUGAUACCAAGUUUUUGAAUACAAUGGAUAGAUAUGAUCCCGAAACUAGACAAUGGACACCAAUGGCUAAUAUGCAAUCAGCUAGAUAUUUAUUUGCUUCGGCAGUAUUUAUGGACAAAAUAUAUGUUUGCGGCGGUUUGGGUAAUAGUGAUGGAAAAACAUGCGAAUCGUAUGAUCCGAUGACAAAUCAAUGGAAACCUAUUGCAUCAAUGACUGACCAGAGAUCAAACUUUAAGCUAAUUGUUUUUGACGAUAGUCUAUACGCUAUGGGCGAUGAUAAUCCUACUAAUAAAAUUGAAAUCUAUGAUCAUAAAUCGGAUAAAUGGUAUUAUCUAUUAUCAGUAAGAUUGCCAGUUAGUCUAAGUGGUUUUGGGGCUGCCACAAUAACAUCAAAUUAA